AUGGACCUGUUCUCGGGGCUCACGUCAGAGUCACGAAAUGCUAUCGACGACUUCUUCCGCUGGUCGCGCCUCUCCCUCGACAAGUUCAAACGUGACUUGGCAGUGGAGGCAAGUGCGUUUCAGUCCGGCAACUUGUGGCGGGAGCAAUACACAAAGGAGGAGGUGUCGCAGAUGCUGAAUGGGCAGCUGGCGCUGGUGCUCGGUGUCGUGGACACACAGAUGGAGGGGACUACGGCAGCCUCGGCCGAGCUCAUGCGCGCGGUGCUGCGCGAAGGUGAUCGGCAGCGGCUGACGCUGAGCAUUGACGUGAGAGCGGUGCUGAACAACGCCGGCGGCGUGAACGCGAUGGGGGAGCAUGGCCGUCAGUUGAUGAGCGGCCCGACAGGUCGUUUGGCUCCCCUCACUCUGGCGGAGGCCGGCGGGGAGGCGGCGCGGCAGCUGGCGGAGGCGAACGCAGAAGUGCGGCGGCUGCAGAUGAAACUGCAGCAAGUGACGGACGCCUACACGCAAGUGAUGAGCGGGCGCUCGUCGGACACGGCUAACUUGCUGUCGAUGCAGGACGCAAUGAACGACAAGGAGCGCCUUGCCGCCGAGCUGGCGCGCCGGUGUCAGGGGCAGGACACAUCGCUCGCGACGGUAGUGCAAGAGCUGCGCUCCGAGGUAGCGGAGGCGAAGCGCGAGCUUGCCACGCGGCUGCAUCAAUCCACGCAGUAUCAGCAAGUGAAGCGGCUCCUGGCGCAGCGCAACGAGCAGCUCAAGGCGAUGCGUGAGCGGCUGACUGCUUACGACCCGUCGUUUGCCCAUUGUGGUGACGACAUCGCUGCUGAGGACGACUGA